CCCCGCCCGGGGGGGCCGGCCCGGUCCCGGUGGCGGCGGGCGGUGGCGGGGGCCAUGGCCAAGGCCUACGACCACCUCUUCAAGCUGCUGCUGAUCGGGGACAGCGGCGUGGGCAAGACCUGCCUCGUCAUCCGCUUCGCCGAGGACAACUUCAGCAGCACCUACAUCUCCACCAUCGGCAUCGACUUCAAGAUCCGCACUGUGGAUAUCGAUGGGAAGAAGAUCAAGCUGCAGGUCUGGGACACGGCGGGACAGGAACGCUUCAAAACCAUCACCACGGCCUAUUACCGCGGAGCCGUGGGCAUCGUCCUGGUGUACGACAUCACGGACGAGAAAUCCUUCGAGAACAUCCAGAACUGGAUGAAAAGCAUCAAGGAGAACGCCUCGGCCGGGGUGGAGCGGCUCCUCCUGGGCAACAAGUGCGACAUGGAAGGGAGGAGGAAAGUGCAGCGGGACGCGGCCGAGAAGCUGGCCAAGGAACACGGGAUUCGCUUCUUCGAGACCAGCGCCAAGUCCAGCCAGAACGUGGAGGAGGCUUUCUGCACGCUGGCGCGGGACAUCCUGCACAAAUCCUUCAGCAAAGCCCCCCCCGGCAGCAGCAGCAGGGCCCUGCUGGAGCCCGGCCCCCCCCGGAAGGCCGGCGGGAGAUGCUCCCUGGGGUAGGGGCUCGGGAGCUCCCCGAGACCCCCGGGGCAGCGCGGGCGCCUCUCCGGAGGGAUCUGGGGGGGAAUCUGGGGGGAUUUGGGGCUGCCCCCCUCUCUCCUUGUGCCAUAAAGCCCCGCUGUGCCUUGUC